AUGAGUUUGAAACAAGAAUUUGCGCCGUAUCAAUCUACGGAAGGCAACCCAUUUCAAAAUGAACCAUCGAUGAAUUCUGUCACUUAUCAAACCAAUAACAGCAUCAAUCAUAUUUCUCUUGAGAAUGACAACACAACUAGAGAUGAACAUUCGCCCAAUGACAUGACGUCCAAAUCUCCUCAACUAUUUCAUCUUUAUGAAGAAGGUUCUUCUCAACACAAAAAGAAGAGAAAAAAGAAAAAAGAUCAAUCCUUACUCGCACAAUUAUGGUCCAACAUUUUCAAUGACAAACCAAUACAUGAGGAAGAUGAAAAUUCUCGUUUAAUUUGGAACGACGACAACAUGUCUGACCGAUCCAUGAAAAGUCUUGUCAAUAUCAAUGAAAACCAUUUUGUGCCACAACAAGCAACAAGAACCGUUCGAAAAAAGAAAAAACAGAACUCCAAUGAUUUUCCUCUCUUUUCUAGAAAGACCAAUUUGUUUUUCACAUGCUUCAAUUUAGUGAAUGAUAUUUUGAGUCCAGGAACUUUGGCAAUGCCUCAAAUGGUUGCUCAAAGUGGAAUUUGGAUGUCAAUUUUGUGUGUUGUUUUCUUUGGAUUGAUUACAUCUUUUACCUUAAUUUUACUCUAUGAAAUGUCGAGAGGACAUUUCAAAACGAGUUUGGCUUCAUUGUCAGAAAAGGCAUUUGGAAAGACUGGAAACGUCAUUACAUGCAUUUUCAUUUUUUUAUUUAAUUUUGGUGGAGCUUGUGGAAUGUACAUCAUGUUCGGUGACGUGAUGGGCGACUUGUUGCUCUAUUUAUUUAACAAUGAUACUUCCAAUAUUUUUAUUAGUCGAACUGCAAUUUUGUUAUACUUGACAGCAUUCUUAAUACCCAUUGCCUUGAUGAAAAAUUUAUCAAGUUUUGCAUUCACGUCAUUUAUUUCAGUGAGUUGUGUGCUAAUUAUUACUGGACUCAUUAUUUUGGAAGUUGUGUUGGGACGGAGAAUUGAUCCUAGACCUGAUAAUGCAUUCAGUUUCAUGCACGAUCAAGUACUGUCGGCACUGGCUGCAUUAUCAUUCAUUUAUGUUUCACAUGAUAUUGUGUUUCACUGUUUUGGAGAAAUGAAGAGACCUACUCGAAAGAGAUUUUACACUGUUGUGUUUACUGUGAUUACCUUAACCAUUUUGACAAUUUUUGCUAUUGGAUUGUCUGGAUACUUUUUAUUCUACAACAAGAAUUUGAAAGAUGCUAAUAUUCUUGACUUGCUGCCGAGAAGAUACUCAUUUGCCAUUGUUGCAAGGUUAUUGCUCGUUCUUGACAUUUCUCUUUCAAUUCCUUACGCUUUAUUCAUGCCUAGAGAUGGUGUGAAGAUGAUCAUUUCCACACUUGUACCCAGAUUUGCCAUUUGGAUCAAACAAACCAAAUUACGAAGGGAAGUCUAUCAUACCCUUGUGACGUUGAGUAUUGUUGCACUGACCUUGACGGUAGGAUUGAGUGUGACUGAUUUGGGCAUGUUCAGCGAUAUUUGUGGAGGUGUGAGUGCAACUAGUUUGGCAUAUAUCAUUCCUCCUGCUCUAUUUCUCAAAUUAGAUCCUUGGAAAGGAUGUUGUAGCUCGAAAGGUGGUGUUUUUAGAACCGCUAUCAAGAUUUUGUGCAUUAUUGUACUGGUUAUUGGUGUUUCAGUGUUUGCAAGUAGCAUUUUCAGUGUCAUUUAUCAUGCAUUCAUUUUGCAUGACGCUUAA